UAAUUCUGUGUUCAUUAAACCCUCAUUAAACAACUCCAAACCCUCUCCUCUUCUGCAACUCUUCACUCCAACCCAAUGGGCAGACCAAGAAAAAGAUCCACCGGAGAGUCCCAACUCAAAGAAACGCCCCGGAAAAAACCGACCCGGGAGCCGGAAAACGAAGUAAAAGAAGAGGAGGAAGAAGAACUGGAAUUGGAAGAGGAGGAGCUCGAAGAGAGCCAGAUCUCGUCGUCGAAGCAAGAAAAGGAGGGCCUGGUUACUUUACUUACCGCGAAAAGACCGAACGAGACUAAGAAAGCUAAGGCUGAUGCUGACUUGUCGUUCAUUGGUAGCCCUAUUCCUGCUGCUGAAGCUCGUCAGAAAUGGCCUCUUCGUUACGGAUCUCAGAAUGGGAAAAUUCGGUCUGCGACGCAGAAUUCUAAUGGGGUGUUGAGUAAUGAAGAGGAGGUAACGCCGGCUAAAUGUCAUUAUAAGCAAGCAAUGGUUGAUGGUAUUUUGUACAAUCUUGGUGAUAAUGCUUAUGUCAAGGCUGAAGAUGGAGUGCCUGAUUACAUUGCUAGAAUUGUUGAGUUAUUUGAAAGCAAAGACGGGGAGGCGUGGUUCUCUGCUCAAUGGUUUUAUAGAGCCGAAGAUACAGUUAUCAAAGAUUAUGCAAACCAAAAAGAAAGCAGGCGUGUGUUUCUUUCCGAGAUUAAGAAUGACAAUCCUUUAGAUUGCAUCGUCUCCAACGUUAAAAUUGCGCUAGUUGAACCCAAUAUGGAUUUAGCUGAGAAGGAGAAAAAUCUACCACCUUGUGACUUGUAUUAUGAUAUGAAGUACACAUUGCCCUUUUUGACAUUUGAAACAAUCAAGAAAGAUGAUUCAAACAGAGACAGUGGUUCAUCUUCUAUUUGUAAUGAGAAUGAUUCAAAUGCUAGUAUCAAUGAUGUUAACACUUCCACGGCAAAUCCUUCAAGCGCUAUUUCAAAAGUUCAUCGUUCAGAUAUGUAUUUGUUGGACCUGUACUCAGGUUGUGGUGGCAUGUCAACUGGCCUUUGCAUGGGUGCUGCCUUGUCUGGUGUUAAUCUCAUAACCAAAUGGGCUGUUGAUUUAAAUUCUUAUGCAUGCAAAAGUUUGAAGGCCAAUCACCCUGAAACAGAGGUGAGAAAUGAGGAAGCACAAGAUUUUCUAUCUUUAUUAAAGGAAUGGGAGAAGUUAUGUAACAAAUACAUAUUAUCUGAAGAAGAAGAAGUGGAAGAUAAAAAAGUUGAGGACGUGGAAGAUAAAGGAGAUGACAUGGAAGAUGAAGAAGUAGAGGAUAAAAGUGAUGAUGAUGGUGGUGAAAUAUUUGAAGUGGAGAGGCUACUUGGUGUAUGUUAUGGUGAUCCUAACAAAAUAAAGAAACGUGAUUUAUAUUUUAAGGUGCGUUGGAAGGGCUAUGGUCCAAGCGAAGACACUUGGGAGCCUAUUGAAGGCAUGAGUGAUUGUGAAGAGAAACUGAAGGACUUUGUUGAAAAAGGUUACAAGUCAAAAUUGUUGCCUCUUCCUGGAGAUGCUGAUUUUAUUUGUGGAGGCCCUCCAUGUCAAGGAAUCAGUGGCUUUAAUCGUUUUAGGAACUAUAAAGCUCCCUUGGAUGAUCCCAAGAACCAUCAAAUGGUUGUAUACAUGGAUAUUGUAGAGUACUUAAAGCCUAAGUAUGUGCUCAUGGAAAAUGUUGUGGACAUUUUAAAGUUUGCUGGAGGCUUCUUGGUCCGUUAUGCCCUUGGUCGUCUUGUUUCUAUGAACUACCAAGGUCGCUUAGGAAUGAUGGCUGCUGGAUCAUAUGGUUUGCCACAAUUUCGAAUGAGAGUAUUCAUGUGGGGUUGUCAACCAUCUGAGAGCUUGCCUCAAUAUCCAUUGCCAACACAUGAAGUUGUUGUCAAAGGAGGCACUCCAAGUGAAUUUGAGGAAAUUACUGUUGCUUAUGAUAAGCUUGAUCAAUGUCAAUUGGAAAAAGCCCUUUAUCUCGGCGAUGCAAUAUCAGAUCUUCCAGAGGUGGAAAAUGAUGAGAGUCAAGAUGAACGAAAGUAUGGGACAACUCCUCAAUCAGAAUUUCAAAAGUAUAUCCGAUUAAAAAAAAGUGAUGUUGUAGGUUUAGCUACUGCUCAAAAUAAAUCACUGCCCCAGAUGUUGUAUGAUCACCGACCUCUAAAGUUGAACGAUGAUGAUUAUCAUAGGGUGUGCCAAAUUCCCAAAAAGAAGGGUGCAAACUUCAGGGAUCUACCUGGUGUAUCAGUUAAUGCAGACAACAGAGUAUUUUGGACUCCAGAUGUUCCAAGAGUGCUACUUCCAUCCGGCAAACCAUUGGUUCCUGAUUAUGCUAUGUCAUUUGUGAAGGGCAGAUCUCCCAAGCCCUUUGGUCGUUUAUGGUGGGAUUCAACUAUUCCAACUGUUGUGACAAGGGCAGAACCACAUAAUCAGGCGAUUAUUCACCCGUCACAAGAUCGAGUACUCACUAUUCGUGAAAAUGCAAGAAUUCAAGGUUUCCCUGACUGCUAUCAGUUGCAUGGACCUAUUAAAGAGAGGUACAUUCAAGUUGGCAAUGCUGUUGCAGUUCCAGUUGCUACCGGAUUAGGAUAUACAUUCGGACUUGCAAGUCAGGGAAUGUCCGACGAUAAACCAUUGACUACGUUACCUUUCAAGUUCCCGAGUUGCCUUCAGAAUUCACCUUCUGAAGCUUCUGAUUAAUUUGUAAUAUCUGCUUCAUUCUUGCCGCUGAAAUGUCAUUUAACCUUGUUCAACUCCUAAACCAGCUCCUUCAUGAAAUUCAUUAAUGUGAGAAGUACAUAAAUAUUCAGCGGAAUGAUUUGUAACAACAAUUGUUAUUUAUCAUAUGUAGAACUACUUAUGCUUCCUUGCC